AUUACCAUGAUUACAGGUCGCUGCGCCGUCAGACGUCAAGUCCUAGAGCCGUGGAGGACUGUGGAUAUGGAUACGAGAAGGCAGUUUCAGAUUUACUACAAGUAGCCUCCACUCAUUCGGAGAGGGGCUCAAACGUGAAUUCUGUGAAAGAAGCUGUUAGCGUAAAGCGAGGCGACGGACGUAACGUGAGGUUCGAUAUACUGUACUGUAACGACAAUAGUCGUCUUCUCCCAUUACGUGUGACUAAUAUACCGGCGAGAAGAUGUUGCGAGCUACUCUCUCCAUUGCCCUAGUCGUGGCUUUAGCGUGUGUAUGGGGCUUGCCAGUCGUGCAUGGAUCUCAAGAAGGAGCAGGCCAAGGGUCAUGCAUGGUGCGGUGGCUACAACACUACUCACCCAGGACAGGACUCGCUGACGCACAGCGAAAGGCACGGGUCUUCCUCAGGAUACCGCCACCGAUUGAUGAGCGCAACGCCAAAAGCCAAGACCUUCUGCCACUCUCCUUCGUCCUGGGCAACAUGUCCAAUGCCGUCGGGUUUGUCGACUGUCUUACGCGACAGACUCCUCGCUGUCAAGGAUCGCCAGCAUGCCAUAAUGGCGGACGAUGUGUACACCGUCUGGUUGUCAGUGUAAAGCGAUAUAUGUGUGAUUGUCCAGCAUCCACCACCGGGCUAUACUGCGAGGAGAUGGUUACUGCAUGUGCCAGUAUGCCGUGCAAGAACGGUGCUACGUGCCACGAAAGCGAGAAUGGUGCACUGAUGAGGUGUGAGUGUGCCCCGUUCUUCAACGGACCGAGCUGCGAAAACCGCUGGGUGAGUCCUGAAGAGCUUACUGCGAUGGCUGGUACAGUCAACAGACUGGCACUGGAAUCGCAGCGGCAGAGCGACAAGACAGCCCAGGCACUCAGCAGCCAGAUGAACACCAUCAACACGUUCCUGCGUAGGCUGGAGAGCAAGAUGACAACAUCCAUGGAGUCUGUGGAGUCUAGGGAGGCAAAGAUGCAAACACGGCUGGAGACAAUGCUGACUGAGAAGGUCUCUCAAAUGCAGGACAAGCUAAGCACCAUGGUCAGCAGCCAGGUCUCAGAGAAGCAUGCUGCGCUGCCUCCAGGUCCACAAGGGCCACCAGGACCCCCAGGCACGCCGGGACGUACUGGUCCCAAGGGACAAACUGGAUCUCCUGGACAAACUGGUCCAAAAGGACAAGCUGGCACUCCUGGACAAGCUGGAACUCCUGGACAAGCUGGAGCUCCUGGACAAGCUGGAGCUCCUGGACAAGCUGGAUCUCCUGGACAAGCCGGAUCUAAAGGACAAGCUGGAGCUCCCGGACAAGCUGGAACUCCUGGACAAGCUGGAUCUCCCGGACGAGCUGGUUCCAAAGGAUCGGCUGGGCCACAGGGGGAAACUGGACCCAAGGGCCAAAGAGGAUCUACAGGAUUUGUUGGAGAGCGAGGCCCACCUGGAUACAAUGGGGCGACGGGGCCUAAGGGAGGAAGAGGACACUCGGGGCCGAAAGGAGAGACAGGUGUGCCCGGACCGAGAGGAUUGCCUGGAUACAAUGGAGCGACUGGACCUAAGGGAGGAAGAGGACACUCGGGGCCGAAAGGACAGACGGGUGUGCCCGGACCGAGAGGAUUGCCUGGAUAUCAGCCACCACCUGCACCUCAGCGACCCACUGGACAUCGGCCACCACCUGGACCCCGAGGUCGUGACGGCAGAUUCCGCCCAAUACCAUAAGGAGAUCAAGGAUGCAUGGAGCGGCUUAGCCCCGAGUUGAGAGUACCGCUUAGUGUGAGGAGGAUUGCUGGAAUAAGCCCCGGCACCCCUGCUACAAUGCAUGUACAUGUAUUACAAUUUCAUUUAUUACUGCUUUCUAUCUGCAUUCGCCACCUUUUCAUUGGGCAGAUCUGCCCGUUUGGUUUGCGAAUUAAAAUAAACACAACAACAACAACAACAACAACAACAACAACAACAACAACAACAACAACAACAACAACUGUACAACAGUGUGCACUGUUGUACAACACUGUACGGUGUUGUACAGUGUUGUACAGUGUUGUACACUGUACAACACUGUACAUGAUGCAGUACAGUGUACAUGAUGCAGUACAGUAGUACCGUACCAUGGCAAUAGCAACAGUUCUUUAGUACGACUGCACUGUGGGACUGUGCACAAGUUCUGUCCAUGGAGAUGCUGAGAACUGCUCGCUCAUAUUAUAUAUUUUAUUAUAUUUAUUUCAACAUCUCAAGACUCGGUGGAAACACCGGCCAAUGUGAAGAGAGUGGGUGAUUGCCAACCACGGCGAUAAAUAAAAGUAAGGGGAGGGAAAAAGAAAGAGUAGCAAAAUGAACAGCAACAACAACUCCGUAAAGAAAGAUAAUGUCUAAUAAAAACAGUGAAAAACACAGAGACGCAAAGGACAUGUGGAUAAUGAGCUAUUUAUGUCGUAGUAAAUAAGGGGCGGCACGGUAUGAUGGUUCCAACUUCUACUGAAGUGGAACAUUUAUGCACUCAGAGAUGUAGAUUGCUAUAAUUUAUCCACGACCAGUAGUCAUAACGAUGAACAGCUCAAAGAUAUUUCCGCUGGCCGUCGUUAUCAUGACACAUUUUAAAAUGCGUUAAAAAGCAUUCUGGCAACACCGUAUGAUUGUUAAGUAGACGGUUGAUAACAUGCUUCUUACAUUGCUGGGCUUUCUGUCCUCCACCUGUUCUGAAUAUCCCGUUUCAAGUUAAGCAAUCCUGUAGUACGCUCAACAUCCAGUGCCCGCAUCACCCUCAUCGCUAGGCGCUGCAUCUGCCACCCUGUACUGAUGUGAUCAGGCACGGACGGUGGUGGCCGGGUACAAGCGAAGCUUCCUAAGCUGGCACUUUGCUUCUCACCACAAUUGUAUAGCCGGUGGUUAAGCGGAUGUGCGAACUUUAUUUUGCUUUAUUGUAAGCUGACUGCACCUUCAUGCCCGUUGCUGGCAUCACAGUGUGUAUGGCUGUAUGCCCUUCUUCAUUUUUUCUUUUUUUUAAUAAUAUGUUUUACUCUAGUAUAAGUCAACAUUUCUUUACUUCCAGGUCAUGACCGGCAAUGUAGCGAACUGUUACCAUACAGUCUGA